AUGUGGUUCACACGCGUCCUUUCGUCGACCUUUUUCCUCGGCGCCAUCAUCUUCACCAUCCCUCUGGCCUUCGACAUCGGUGGCCGCACAUGCGGGCUGGCUUUCUCGUUGUCGCUUAGCGUCUACUACUUCCUCUACUCGUGCCUCCGUCUGGCCACCCCCGAGACCUCACGCUUCCGCUGGUUUCUCUGCAACGUCGUGGCUUUGGCGCAAUGGCUGGCUAUCCCGACAUUGCUCAUCUGGAGCUUGAACAAGUUCUCCAUCGACGCAUCCAACGACGCCGGCUGGGUCCAACGAACAUUCGGCGGCAAGAGGUCAGACUUUGAGUCGAUUCAGGACUGGAUCUUUGGCUCCGAGGGGCUGCUGCAAAAUUUCUCCAUUGGCGCAUGGGACAAGACACUGAGAUACAGCACGCCUGCUUUCCAGAUUGCCGAGGGCUUUUGCAGUCUUUUGGUCAUCCAGGCCGCAGGCCAGAUCACGCGAUGGGUCGUGAAUAGGGAGCGCGGCGACAGUUGGAUGAUCGGUCUCCUUGUGGCAUCUGCCUCGGUCAUCUCCACCUCGGUCUACUUCCUCUGGCGCAUCACUACCUUUCCAGAGAUCAACAACGUCGACGCCAUUCUAAUCGGUGUUGCCAUCACCACGGCCAUCUUCUUGGGCGGAUGGGGUAUCGCAAGCGCCCGGGGAAACCCGGUCGAGUCCGCAUUGUUGUUUGCUUACGUGACGCUCUGCAUAUACCAAAUCUUCACCGAUUACCAACCUACGCCCGGCUCGACAGCAGCCGAGACCGCCGCACCAGAGCCAGCUCUGCCGCCCCUGCCACCCAUCAUUAUGGCAUCGUACACGACCCUGCUGCAUGCCUUGGGUUCGUUGCCCUCCAUUAUUCACACGGGUUUCAAUUUGAUGGUUGGUGCUGUCAUGACCAUUACGCCUUCGGUCAUCAUCUCGCUUGCAUACCGUGUUUUCGUCAUGUACGCAGCAGCGCGCAUCAUUCCGGCUAUCAGAGAAAGCGGAGCAAGAGCGCUCUCGCAAGAGCCCAGCCUGGAUGACGAGGAUGAGACAUCGAAAAUUCUUGGCUUCUUGACGUGGUUCAGCCCCAGUAUCAUCAUCGCAGUCUACACCAGUCUCCUGAUGCAGCACUUCGCAAGUGGGAACGGCACAGAUGGCAGCGCGGUUACUGGCGAAUGGUGGACUAACCAGGGUGGAGACGCAGGUGGCAACAUGUGGAGGUGGAUCAAUCUUGCCAUCACCAUGAGUCUCUACGCGAUCGAGCUCCAGAUCUCGAAGGCGGAUGAUGACGGCAGGCUCACUAGCCACUGGAAGAUCGAUUGA